AUGGCGAGUGCGGACGAUCAUCGAGAAUGCGUCCUGAUUACAGGAUGCUCCCCUGGUGGAAUUGGGAAUUCUCUGGCGCGUGAAUUCCAGCGCAAUGGGUUGCGCGUCUUUGCCACGGCACGCGACGCCCAGCAUAUUCAAGACCUUGAUGCUAUUGGCAUCGAAACACUCAGCUUGGUGGUCGACUCUGAUGAAAGCAUCCAGACCUGUUUCAAGGAAGUCACGGAGCGCUUAAAGGGGAAAGGGUUGGACUAUUUGGUUAAUAAUGCUGGGCGAAGAGGGACAGACUACACGGUGCCGGCCAUGGAAGUCGACAUUCAAGAGGCGCAGCUGACAUUUGAAACAAAUUUCUUCUCCGUGAUACGCAUCUGCCAGACGUUCCUACCAUUGCUUUUAACAGCGAAGGGAACUAUUGUGCAAAUAGGAUCCGUAGCUGGAGUGAUACCGUACGUCUUCGGCUCGGUUUACAAUGCUUCAAAAGCCGCUCUACAUUCCUGGAGUGAUACACUACGAGUCGAGCUUGCUCCCUUUGGGAUCAAGGUGAUAACGGUUAUCACCGGUGGUGUCAAAUCACGUAUAGCGCGCACUGAUCGCACUCUCGCUCCUAAUUCGCUGUACGCGCCUAUCGAAGAAGACUAUCUCCGACGGGUAAAGCACAGCCAAGAAGGGGCAAUGAACAACGAGGACUAUGCGCGUAGCGUUGUGUCUCAGGUAUUGUAUGGAACGGCGCCCUGGCGAUGGUUAUGGCCGUGGAAGCCGGGUUACAGCAAGUACAUCUGGGAGGGCAAUCGCACAUAUCUCGUCAAGACCCUGAGUGGCGGUUGGUUCUGGAAUAGCGUGUUUGACAAACUAUUCACAUCGAUGUUCAAACUGUGGAAAUUGAAGGGAACGCGUCUGCUGCUAAGUGUUCAAAAUGUUCAAACUCGCGCGAAGCAGGCCGAUCGCGACGGCUUUGAGAGCCACGGUUCUGACUUUUUUGUGUGUCUGUUUCAGGAGUCGUCAAUUCAGAGCAGAUUCGCUGCGCAACAAAAGAGAAAUCUUUCUAUCCACGAAUAUCUCUCAGCCAACCUACUGAAAACGUAUGGCGUCGGUGUCCCCAAAGGCGAGGUUGCCCGCACUGCGGAGGAAGCCGAGGCUGUUGCAAAGUCAAUUGGAGGAGAUGACAUGGUGAUCAAGGCCCAAGUCCUUGCCGGAGGUCGAGGCAAAGGUUCCUUCGACAACGGUCUGAAGGGAGGUGUUCGUGUCAUCUACUCGCCAACCGAGGCCAAGAUGUUCGCAGAGCAGAUGAUCGGACACAAGUUGAUCACAAAACAAACCGGCGCUAGCGGCCGUCUUUGCAACGCUGUCUAUAUUGUUGAGCGCAAAUUCGCUCGUCGUGAAUUCUACCUUGCCAUUCUCAUGGAUCGUCAAACCCAAUCCCCCGUCAUCGUGUCGUCUUCCCAGGGCGGAAUGGACAUUGAAACUGUCGCAAAGGAGAGCCCAGACGCUAUUCGCACUACUCCUAUCGACAUCAAGGUCGGUGUUACUGAUGAGAUCGCUCGCAGCAUUGCUACCGAUCUAGGCUUCUCCGAGCAGUGCAUCGAGGAUGCCAAGGACACCAUUCAGAACCUCUACAAGGUUUUCAGUGAGAAGGAUGCCACCCAAAUUGAGAUCAACCCUCUCUCCGAGACUUCCGACCACCAGGUUCUUGCCAUGGAUGCCAAGCUGGGAUUUGACGACAACGCCGAUUUCAGACAAAAGGAGGUCUUCUCAUGGCGGGAUACUACACAGGAGGAUGCCGAUGAGGUCAAGGCUGCCGAGCACGGAUUGAACUUCAUCAAGCUAGACGGUGACAUUGGAUGCCUGGUCAACGGUGCUGGUCUCGCCAUGGCCACCAUGGACAUCAUCAAGCUUAAUGGCGGUAGCCCUGCCAACUUCUUGGACGUUGGUGGUGGUGCUACCCCAGCUGCCAUCAAGUCUGCCUUUGACUUGAUCACCAGCGACCCCAAGGUCACUGCCAUCUUUGUUAACAUCUUUGGUGGUAUCGUUCGAUGUGACGCCAUUGCCCAGGGUCUCAUCAAUGUUGUUGGCGACAUGGGCCUCCGCACCCCAGUCAUUGCCCGUCUUCAAGGUACCAACAUGGAGCAAGCUCGCAAGCUGAUCGACGAAUCCGGUCUCAAGAUCUUCUGUAUCGAAGACCUUCAGAGUGCCGCCGAGAAGUCUGUUCAGUUCUCUAAGGUUGUCAAGUUGGCUCGCGACAUUGAUGUCGGCGUUGAGUUUACUCUCGGUAUCUAA